UUAAAGAGUUUAUCUUUCUGUUAGGUUCAGUUCUUUUAAGUAGUGAUCAAAUUUUGUUUUGUUCUGUUUUGUGAUGACACCUACAAUGAAUCAAUUUUAUAAAACGGUAAUUCUUCUAAUCGUAUGCUUAUACUGGAUGGGGACCGUCACAGGCUACAGCAUCGAUAGAAACAUUUACCAAGUGGACAAAUCUAACGACAGACUUCAGAAAUAUCAGGGAUUAUCCUUUGAAGAGAAAGUAUUUCGUAUAGUAAAAUAUAAUCCCUCAACAACUUCAGCAUUCCCUCUUUUCGACUACAUGAUGAAAGAUAAUGAAAUAGAAGAAGAAUCUCCUAAACCGCAAGUCUAUUACAAUGCACACCAGUAUGGACCGUACCUUCACAAUGAGCGUGAUCAACAAAUAAUAAUCACACGUAAAUAAAUAAAAGGAAACUGUGCCGAUAUACGCAUAUAAAACAAUAAUUUAUUCGCUAUACACGUAUUCAUAAAAGUACUAUAGAAUGUGAUACGGGCGGUCUUUGACAUUAGAUGUCCAUUAUAUUUAUCACUUUUUUAUUAGAAAAUUAUCAAACUCAAUACGGUAACUUCACAUAUUAGAUUAAUAUGCUUAUUAAGCCAGGAUGUAACAGUUAACAAAAACACUUAUUUUUAUAAUUUAACAAAUUGUAAAAUACGUUAAGAAAAAUGAAUAAAUUUCACGCCUUCUUGGUGAAGCACUUUGAAAC